CAGUUUCCAAAUCAAACCGUGGGCGUAUUUUUCCUUCAAUCUUGCUUCGAUUUUUUUUCACUUCUGGGUGUUGUCUGUGUUUUUUUUUUACGUCUCUGAAGUUUCACUGGGGGUGUUGCUCCUGACCCAGACACGGACAGUCAGAUAGUUCGUUCUAUGUAGAAUUUUUAUAAAUCACUUCCCAGUUAUUCUCUCUCUUUUCGCUGCACUUUUAGGCAGCACAAGCAGACUGCUUUAGUUUAGCUGCUGUUAGCCUGACCAGCUAACUGGGAUCGAUGCAGGCCAUUAAGUGUGUGGUGGUGGGAGACGGGGCUGUGGGUAAAACAUGUCUGCUCAUCAGCUACACCACCAACGCCUUCCCAGGAGAAUACAUCCCCACGGUAUUCGACAACUACUCCGCUAAUGUGAUGGUGGACGGGAAACCAGUGAACCUGGGUCUGUGGGACACAGCAGGACAGGAGGACUACGACCGGCUGAGGCCGCUGUCCUACCCUCAGACAGACGUUUUUCUUAUUUGCUUCUCACUCGUCAGUCCAGCUUCCUUUGAAAACGUCCGGGCCAAGUGGUAUCCAGAGGUCAGACACCACUGCCCCAAGACGCCAAUCAUCCUGGUGGGCACCAAGUUGGACUUGAGGGAUGACAAGGACACCAUUGAAAAGCUGAAGGAGAAGAAACUCUCCCCCAUCAUCUAUCCACAGGGCUUGGCCAUGGCUAAGGAAAUAAGUGCAGUGAAGUACCUGGAGUGCUCCGCUCUGACGCAGCGCGGCCUUAAGACGGUGUUCGAUGAAGCCAUCAGGGCGGUCCUGUGCCCCCAGCCCACCAAGAAGCCCAGGCGGAGGAAGUGCACCGUACUGUAAGGAAGACCCGUCCGGAUCAGAACACACGGCCAGGAUGAGGGAAAAACAGCACACGGGUUCCCACAGCUAGCUUUUCUACCACGCCGGAUCAGAGCAUUUUGUACAUAGAAAAACAAAACAAAAAAAAAGAGUAAAUUUCCACCCUUAAUUUUGAGAUUAAUCUCAGAAAUUUUCUGGAAAAAAACACGGAAGUUUCUGAGUUUCAAAGGUCGAACAUUAUCGACCUUUGAAACUCAGAAAUGUCCACAUUUUUUUCUAGAGGAUUUUUGAGAUGAAUCUUGAAAUUUCCAAGUUGUUGGUAGAAAUGCACUUCUUAAAAAAAAAAAAAAAAUGUUCCUAUCUCCAAUGGCCCUGAGAUGUCGUAUGUCUGACUUCCAUCUGAAAGAUCUUCAUAGAUCUAAGUGAAGCUUUUUUCUUUUUUUUUAAUGAGUGGAUCCAGAUGUUCGUGUGGUUGCUUACAUCUGGCUCUUUCAGAUUCAUUAGUACAUGGUAAAUUUUGAAAAGCCCUCAGGAUGAGGGUAAGCUAUACGAUUGAAAAUUUUAUGAAAAAUAUUCAUGUAUUUUUGUCAUAUGCAAUGAAGAAACACUACUUGAAUGUGGAUUUGUCAUAUUACUAGAUUUUUACAGAAGGUCCAGUGCUUCACUUUGCCCUGAACACUAAGAUUCCUGCUGCCUUUACUGAAUUUUACUUUAUGCAAAAAUGUUUUUAGACACAUUUUUAUUUUAAAUGUCACUUGAUUUGCUAGUUGUGCUUGACAGACUGGUUUGUUUACAUGACUUCAUUUAGAUGGAGGUUGCAGAAACCCAGAUUGCUGAUCAUAUUGUUGUUUUAAUGUUUGUUUUUCUCACUUGGAGUCGCACCGAUUUUCUCGCCGAUCUUUAAGAAGCUUGAACUGCCGAUUCCAGUUUUGACAGAUGGCAAUUUGUCAAUCGUCUGAAAAGUCGUUAAAAAUAUACAGGUCUGAAAAUCAGCUGAUUUUUUUUCGCGGAGGCAAAUAAGAUCGGUUUCUCAUCCGAGUAUCGGCCAAUUUCUCAAAGAUUGAGGAAAUAUGUGAGGAAAAAUGAGUUUAUUGGUGCACCCCUAAUUUCAACAUGUGUAGGACAUGGCAACCUCACGCCUAGCCCGUUAAAACUGACAGAAGGAAAAGGAGUCCAACUCCUGGAGGACAGUAUUUUAGUUGCAUUCACUGCAUUUAUCUUUUUUUUUUUUUUUCAGAACAUAUUUAUGUUGUUAUGAAGGUUUGUGGUUUUUCACGCUUUAUUCCAAGUUUCUGAAGUGAGUCAGUGUUGUAAUAUCUGAAGGGUGGAGCUCAAUCAGUGUUAGAGAUUUAAUGUUGCACAAAAAUUAGACAUGGGUUGGUUGGAAAUUCUCAGACUGAUUCAAAUGACUCAUCUUGUCGCAAACAAAAAUUACAUACGACAACAAAGCUGUUUUAUUCUAUCCAAGAUGUUGCACUACAAUACUAAUCAGACUUUGAGCAGAAAUUGAGUCGAAAGCAAAAUUUUUCUAGCUUCAUCCCAGCUGCUCUUCAGUAAUAGUGGGAGCAAAAACAAGCUGGUCAGUGUGAUUGUCUGCUGACUAGCUUGUGGAUCCAAACUGUGUUUUAAAGCAACGUUGGCUUCAUAAAGGUGCUCAUUAGCGCCACCUGUGGUUCCAGCUCAACUGGGUUCCUUUUUCCUGCCAGCUAACCUAACAGCACAGCAACACGUUGGGGAGGGGGCAACGCUAUUCUGUUCCAUUUCGCCAAAGAAAACUCUGGUUACAAUCACUUAACAAAAAGGACUUCACUGUCACUGGAAGAAUGGCUCAAUAGGAACAUGUUUUACUCGAUUUUUCUAAUCUGUAACCGGCCCAUGCCUAAUGCUGAAUGAAUCAGAGGCUGCCCAACUUGAUACGAGAAAAACUAAACCAGCACAGGUACUCUGAAGAGCCAUGAAUUCUGAAGAGCCAUGAAUUCUGGACACUUUGUAAUCGUUUUCAAUACAGCAGUAUCUUUUUGUAGUGUUGUGUUUUUUAAAGCAAAUAAAGCAUUUCCAAAGCUC